AUGUCAAGGCCUGGACUGCGGCAGCGCCCCUUGAGGGAAGCAGCAGCAGCAGCAGGAGGUGCAGCAGGAGGAGCAGCAGCAGCAGGAGCAGCAGCGACCCCUCAGCCCCUGCUGCUGGGAAUUCGAACCGCAGCAGCAGCAGCAGCAGCAGCAGCGGGCAGCUUGCUGCUGCUGCUGCACGGCCCACAACAGCAGCAACCACCCGAUCAGCAGCAGCAGCAGCUGCAGCAGCAGCAGCAGCAGCAAACGCCGCUGCUGCUGCACCGCCGCGGGCUUCUCCAACUGCAGCCCACCCAACUACUCGCGCAGCAGCAGCAGCAGCAGCUGCUGCUGCUGCAACAGCAGCAACAGCAGCAGCAACUGUUGCUGCUCGACGGCCAGCGACUACUCGCAACGCAGCAGCAGCAGCUGCUGCUGCUGCUGAGAGACAAGGCCCCGUAG